AACCUGUUGGCGUGGCCCACAAGGUUCAGCGGGGCUGCUAGAGGCUAGUUGCUAAGCAAGGGGAGCUUCGGUCAACUGCCACUUGGGUCACGGCGACAGGAAUCCCCAGAUUCGUCACUACCCCGAGGCCCCCGCUAUGCCUCACAUCGAUAACGACGUCAAACUGGCCUUCCAGGAUGUCCUGUUGAGGCCCAAACGCAGUACCCUUAAGUCUCGAAGUGAGGUGGAUCUCACAAGAUCCUUUUCAUUUCGGAACUCAAAGCAGAUGUACACCGGGAUCCCCAUUAUUGCCUCCAAUAUGGACACUGUGGGCACCUUUGAGAUGGCCAAGGUUCUCUGUAAGUUCUCCCUCUUCACUGCUGUCCAUAAACACUACAGCCUCAAGCAGUGGAAAGAGUUUGCUAGCCAGAAUCCUGACUGUCUUGAGCAUCUGGCUGCCAGCGCAGGCUCUUCUGACUUUGAGCAGCUGGAACAGAUCCUGGAAGCUAUUCCCCAGGUGAAAUAUAUAUGCCUGGACGUGGCAAAUGGCUACUCUGAACACUUUGUUGAAUUUGUAAAGAAUGUGCGGAAGCGCUUCCCUGAACACACCAUCAUGGCAGGGAAUGUGGUAACAGGCGAGAUGGUGGAAGAGCUGAUCCUCACUGGGGCCGACAUCAUUAAAGUGGGAAUCGGACCAGGCUCUGUGUGUACCACUCGGAAGAAAACUGGAGUGGGGUACCCACAGCUCAGUGCGGUGAUGGAGUGUGCAGAUGCUGCUCACGGCCUCAAAGGCCACAUCAUUUCAGAUGGAGGCUGUACCUGUCCUGGGGAUGUGGCCAAGGCUUUCGGGGCAGGGGCUGACUUCGUGAUGCUGGGUGGCAUGCUGGCUGGGCACAGCGAGUCAGGUGGUGAGCUCAUCGAGAGAGAUGGCAAGAAGUACAAGCUCUUCUACGGAAUGAGUUCUGAAACGGCCAUGAAGAAGUACGCCGGGACUGUGGCUGAGUACAGGGCGUCAGAGGGAAAGACGGUGCAGGUGCCCUUUAGAGGGGAUGUGAAAUAUACGGUGCAAGAUAUCCUUGGAGGCAUCCGCUCCACAUGUACCUACGUGGGAGCAGCUAAGCUGAAGGAGCUGAGCCGGAGAACUACCUUCAUCCGUGUCACCCAGCAGGGGAAUCCAGUCUUCAGUGACGAGGGCUAGACCUUGCAGUUCUGCCCUCCCAAGGCACCAGCACCUUACCACAGGGCUCCUGUGCGCUCUGUACCCAUCCCACCUACUAUGGCUAUUUAUUAUUACUUGGUCAUUUCCUAUUGUC